AUGAUGAGAGAUCGUGUAAUCUAUUUUUUCAAUGAUUUUUUACCUCAUUACUACCGGAUCCUGGCAAUCAUUGGAGUUCUGUUUGACAAAUUUAUGUUUACUUUUCCAAAAUUCACAGCAAACGUGGUGGCAUUUGUAACACUAUUGCGAGGGCGGUGUAGACUCUCCAAAGUUGUCACUUCAUACCUUGUAGCCAUGGCUGUGGCGGAUCUAUUGGUCGUCAUAUUUCGCGUCAUUCUCCAAAGGGUGUUUGGCUUUUAUUACUCUCCCGAGUGCAAUGUCGUAGAUACAAUAGGUUACAUUUCUGUUUCCUGCUCUGUCUGGCUCACUGUUGGCUUCACCUUGGACCGCACAGUGGCCAUUUGCUUCCAGAGGCUGAAGACCAGAUAUUGCACUGAAAAAGGUGCAGCUAUCGUUAUUGCAGUGGUGAGUCUGCUGAGCGUGUUGACCAACAUCCCGUGGUAUUUCAAGUACCAGCCAUAUUUCUGCGUGAUAUCGUAUUGGUUCAUAACUUCCCCCGUGUGGCAACAAUUUGACUGGGGGCACGGAUUUUUAACCCCCAUCGUCCCCUUUGUGCUGAUCCUGCUGCUCAAUGCUGUCACUGUCAGGCACAUCCUGAAGGCCAGUGCAGUCCGCAGGAGACUGAGGGGUCAGCAGAGUGGGGAAAAGAAGGAUGACCCAGAGAUGAAGAAUCGAAAAAGGUCCAUCAUUCUGCUCUUCGCAAUUUCAACCAGUUUUGUCCUCUUCUGGAUAGUUCGGGUGUUCAGUCUAGCAGUUCAAAGAAUUACUGGACAAUACGUAGGAAUACCUUUUGAUUAUGUUGUGGUAGACACCAUUGGAACAAUGUUUCAGUUGUUCAGCUCCUGCACCAACAUGUUUAUUUAUGCCAUCACCCAGAGGAAGUUCCGGGAGGAGAUGAUAAAUGUCAUGAAAUAUCCCUUUGUGGUCAUAAGGAAUGUAAUUAAAAGUUAG